UCCUCUGUCGAGUAACCGUAUCAUCUGUUCAGUGUAUCACUAUAUCAUGCUUAUUAUUGACAUGAACUCUCCAUGGUUUACGGCUAACGUAUUCUACGUUGUCCCGGUGGCAAUAUUUUGUUGCGAAACUUCAGCCUGCUUCAGCGUAACCUAAUAGUACGGAAGACUAAUGAUUCCAUAAUAUGGCCUGUCCGUUUUACGAAGUCGUUGCUGGGGUAAGUCAGACAUCAUAAAAUGUUUCCAUGUUUUGAAAGGAUUUUUCUUGUAGCUACGUACGUUGGUUUUGCAGUAGUGUAACAUUGUUUACACACUCUAGCAGAUCGAUUGUCUGAAGAAAUUGCUCAUGAUCUGUUCCUAAAGAGAUUCGGAAAAAAGAGGUUGUAACUCAAUCAGCCAUCUAACUGCUUGCCACUAUUUGGAGAACCUCUGAAUAUCGAAUUCGAUCUAAUCUCACGUGGUUUUUUUUCCUUAUUUGGUCAAGUUGUUGAAGAUCUCCGAUCCUUUUAUAAGUAUCAGUACGUUCUACGUUGCUAUCAUAUUUACCGACUGUUGGGCUGUUUCCCAGAGUAUACACUAGUAAACGAACGUCUUCCGGAAAUCAGAACAUCAAACAAAUAGGUUCAUGGUGGAUGUCACAUCAGCUGUUAUUUUAUUUUACCGUCUUCACUAGUUAUUGUAGACCGAGCAUUUUGGCGAGAGGGGGGGGGGAAGAAGUUUAAUCUCUAAAGUGAAAGUUAUUUUUCUUUUUGUUUUCACUUGCCUAAACGAUUUAUGCUCGUUUUUUCUUUCGCUUUCGUGGAUCGUGUUUGCUCUCUAGCGAGUGAAAAGUGUGUGUCCGACUCGGCGGAACAAAAGGGAAAACAACUUUGACAGCGGUCAUUUGCUCUUCUGUGUCGAAAAGAGAGCACAUGUGUGCAACCAUAAAACACUAAAGAGAAACAACAGCGAAUCUCGUCAGUGAUUCGGACGUUGUAAAUAGUUUUCCUUCCAGUGGCGCGUGUGAAAAUACGUAACAAAAACGAAAAAGAAAACAAAGUUUCCAAGACGAAUAAGGGGGGAAAAAACUUGACUUUCGUCGGCACCACCAACUCGUAACGUUUUCUUUCUUAUUUCUGUGUUUGAGUUUGAUGAUUCGAGCUUUUGUUUGGCUUUUAUUGGUUUCUUUUUGUCUUGUUGGUUGCAAAGAAAAUCGAGGAUCAGGAAAGGGGAAACUGGGUUGAACGAAUCCAAACAAAUCCAGCGAAAUGGUAAGAAGAAAAAGAAAAAAAUCAACAACGGAAGUAGGAAACUUGGGACCGGAGCCGGAAGAACGGGGAGGGUACGAAACGAGAUUUUUGUUUUGCUCUAUUUCUGUUUCCUCUUGCAUCCGAAAGGAAGACGGAUGUAACAAAUAAUCAACGAUUUUGGCUUGCGAGGUGAAUGAAUUCUCACUGUUAGUUUCUCUCUCGUCUAUGCUGUUUUGCUGUUUACGAAGUUAAUGGGAAAAUAUUCUCAGUCGUUCAGCGGUAAUCACAUAACCCUCAAUUGAAAAAAAAAACCGUCCCUGAUUUUUUUUAAAUUGAAUUAUUAAAACUACAUUAGGCAAACAUUUUAUACUGAAAUUCGUCGUCUAUGUAAUUGUCUAGUUCCUACUUUUCUUAUUAAAAUAACGCAACUUAUCACUAAUUCCUUACUCGAGGACGAUUCCUAAAGUGACAAUUUGCAAUUUCUAUUAGUUUUUUUGGAGGAGGCUGUUUUUCAUUUUUCAACUUUUUUAAGCACGUGGACGUUAGCAACCAAUAAAAAUAAAUCUCGGGUAAUUAAUUUACCGAGUAAUAUUUUUAUCAGCACCCACACGCAACAGCCUAAUGCCUAAUGCCUAAUGCAUGCAAAUGCCGAAGGACAGCAGAUGCGCUAAUUUUAAACUGGUAAUUUCCAUAUUAAUUCUCUGUCCAUCCGACAAUUAAUCUGUAAUGGGACGUAGUAGGGGGACUUGGUGAGAUUUUAUAAAGUCUAACUCAGGUUUAAAGUUUUAAUAAUUCAAACGGAACACGAUUUAAAAAAUUUAGAUUUAGAUUUAUUGAUUAGUUUCUUUUUCAUUUUCUUUCAGGAUGCCAAGGUCUUCCCUCCUUGGUUCCUUCAUAAAGUAGCAAUCUUUAAUGUUGUGUUUUUCUUUUUUUUUCGGUCGUUAUUGCCCUUGAUAUUUGUAUUAGCCUUCUUGUUGUUUACGUUACCGGAUGAAUAGCUGCGGCGCACGUAGUACUACCAAUAGGUUCGCUAAAUGCCAAACGAAAAUGGUCAUUUACUUUCUUUGAAUUCCUUUCGAUUGAAUCAAAAGUUGUUGCGCUAAGUUUAGAAGGCGACCGAAUUGAAUCGUGACGACCUCAAUUGAUGUCGUCAGCAGACACCGAACAGUGAACUCUUUAUCACGCACCACCUUCUUCCAAUGAGAUUAGUUCAUUUGUUUAUUUCUCCUUCUCUUUGAUUCGCUGCCUUAUUGGCUGUUUUUUUUUGUUUUGUUUUUUGUAUUUAAAAGCCCAAAAAACAAAACAAACAAAAAACUGUUGUCUUUAAUUUCGUCGUAGGAACCCUCAGUUAUUUAGCACGAAAAAAACAAUCUCAUUCUUCUCGACAUGCAUAGUAGAAGGCGCCUUCAUGACGCAAACGUGUGUCUGGAAACACGAUUUCGCUCACCGCUGUCCUUUUCAAAUACGUGAUAGGUGCUUAAACUUUUAUUCUAACAUCAGCUUUCUCCAACUGCCACUGUAUUUGAUGCAAACAUGGGCGCCCAAUUUCAAAUCGUUUUGUUCGUUUUGUCGUCGAUUCUUAAGAGUGAGCACGCAGUAAAUGUGAUCGAUCGCCCUUAAGUCGUCGUGUGGGCGGAUGGAGCAACUUUAUGUCUACAUUGGAAUCGUAAAACCGAAAUCGAAAUCCGGACGCGACGCAAUAUAGAAUCGAUAUGUAAAUAGAAACCCGGACGAAGAGGCUGGCGCUGGCUGCCUCUCAUAAAAGCGAGAAAGGGCAAGCCCCAAACCGCUGAAGAUGGGGGCCGAAAUGGUUUUAAAAGACAGCAAUUUCCAGCCAAAUAUACGAGGGUAUUGAGGGAUCUCGACUCGGGAGGAUUUAUCUUGGUUCAUGCACGCACGUCGAAGAGGGGGUAGCGAAGCUGCGGUGUCACGCCGCUUUUGAAAUAACUCGACGGAACCAAACGACAUGGUGGGAAGAAGAAGAAGAAGAGGGAGGUAGCAGCAGCAGCAUUACAUCCAUCUGGGGAAGACCAGUCGUCAAGAUAGGGCCUGCCAACGAUGUCGUACAUUAUUGAAACAAUUUCUUCGCCUCGCUCGACUAAGCGUGAUUGAAUUAAAAGUCGGCCAUCCUUAAACUGGGCCGGGACACGACCGAAUCCAUCUUAUUCAACCCGGCGAACGGAAGUUGCAGGACAGCAGCAGCAGCAUCUUCAUUAUUACCUUCACAUCGGUCGGCGUCAUCUGUCGGGUUACGCGACACUUGAGAGGGUAUAAUAUAGACAAACACCCACACACAUCGGCCGCCGCAUGUCCCGGUUGUGUUUGUUUGUUUACCUGUCGGAGGGAAUCAUGACCAUCACGCAAGGCCUGGGCGAGAAGAAACCCGAACGAGAACAGAAGGUGGUACCCUUAUUAGUAUUAUGAAGGGGCGCCGUCGAUGGUGGUCUUCCUGUUGGAAAGCGAAGGCGGCAGCUGCUUCCGACAUCCGCAAAAAUAAAAGAAGAAGAAGGACGAUAGACAAAUAAAAAGAUGCGUUCAACAGCACUCGAUGGUGACGAAUAAAGAACCCUGAUCUGGAGCAAACGUGCUCUUCGUCAACCCCGUUGGCUAUACACACGCCUCUCUAUCUCGCCCAUCAGACAUCGGAAGUCCAGAGAGAGAGAGAGAGAGAGAGGCUUUCUUGGCUCUGGCGCUGCUGGGACCGGUCGGCUGAGAGCAUGCGUGAUGUGCUUGCUGCUGGGCUGGUUGAUUGUACCGAAGAGGGACAUGGUUUUCCGUCCGAGACUCAGGCUCUGCAGUAGGUCGCUUCACGUGAGCCAGUCUAGUCCUUGGCUACCCACCGCCUACUUCGGGGUAAGCAAACUGUGUGGAUGUGUGUUUUGCCAAUCACGCGAAAUAGUCGCCCAAUUGGUUGGUACUGGUCGAUGGGUGACAAGGUGCCCUGUCGGACAAGUUUCAGAUCGAAUAUCCGCCGCCAGUGGUAAGGAAUGCAAUCCAUCGAGUCGAUGGAGGACGAAUCUCAUUUGAACUCGACACACGCCGGACAAUCAACAGCUCAACAAAGAACACCGUCUCCAUCUCUCCGCUGCGUCGACCUGAAUGCCUUCAGUUCUUCAAUCAAGUCGGAUCCAUUUUUAAAUACCAAUUCCGCCAAACAUUCGUUGCCGCACAUCUCACUGGGAACGUUCAACAUGUCUUCAUCGUCGCCGGCUUCUUCGCCUCCGCAGGUCCGGCAGGCCUCUUCCGCCGCUCCGUCGUCCCGCAACGGACUCGUCGGACUCUCCAAAGUCGGCCGUCACCGUCCGGUUGUGCGUAGUCAAAGCUCGCGGAUCUCACUCUUACGCCAACCGCCGCCCAGCGCGUCCAGUCUCAACAGCGGGACCGACGAAGAACAUUUCUCCAUGCCCGAAAGGUACGUGGAGUACCGCGGUAGGAGCUGCAGUCGCUGUUGGUGGUGGAUCCCGUUCACCGUCAUCACCUCAAUCAUCGUUGCAUCUGCCGUCUUCUGGUUUUGGCAACCUUACGGAUUGUUUGGCAAUUAUGAAGAUGCGAGCGCCGCAUUGCCGGAAGACCAGCAUCAGGGCGAGCUGUGCACGACUCCGGCCUGUGUGAGAGCGGCAGCGCGUCUUCUGGCCCGUCUCGAUCCGUCGGUUGAUCCCUGUACCGAUUUCUACCGAUUCUCCUGCGGCCGCUUUCUGGAAACGUAUAGCGUUCCCGAUGACUCUAAUCAGCUUUCAACUCUACAAGAAAUGCAGGAUGAAAUGCUACUAAAUACUCGAAAAGUGUUGGAACAGCCGCACGAUGGCGAUGCAAACGUCAACGGAUCGGUUCGGAAAAUCAAAGAUUUCUACGCUUCGUGUAUGAGUCCGCAUUUGGACGAUGCGGAUUUUGGCGACGUCAGGGACUUGCCACUGUUUGCUUUUCUACAGCCGGGUGAAUUAGGCGCUUGGCCUUUGCUGAUGCUCGAGCCCGGCGACCGUCCGCACGAUCAUGCGUCACUCGAGCACCUGAUCGGGACCCUGGCCGCCCUCCAAGUUCACAGCUUCGUCGACAUUUACGUCACGCAAGACGAACGAAACUCGUCCCAGUACAUCCUCCAGUUUUACAAAGGUGAACCGCUGAUGGAGAAAGACUGGUAUGACGUGAGCAAGAACGAAACGGUGGCCAGACAUUCACGCUGCCUGCGCUCCUAUCGCAAUCUCAUGGAGGAGACUAUUCUUCUGCUGAGCGGCGGUCGGCGUGAGCCACUUGACGAACUCGACGAUAUGCUGGCCUUUGAGGCGCGCUUUGCCAAAAUUUCCAGCAAUUUCUGCGCCGAUGGUGACUUCAUGUUAGAUCCGACGAGCGAUUCGAACCGCACCGGCACCAGCAGCGAAGAUCUAGAGAACUCCGCCUUUCAUCAGGACGUCAUCGUCGAUCACCGCUUGAGCCUCCAUGACAUGGAUGCCCAAUUUCCUGCGAUUAACUGGACAGCAGCCGUGGAGACACUUCUCCGAGCCACCGGAUUAAACGAGCAGGAUCGGUCGGCUCUCCUGUUGUCCGACAUGCCAGUCAGUCUGCAGUGUCGUGAUUUUCUACCCGAGCUAAGCACGCUUCUCAGCACUACACCGACCAGGACCGUAACCAAUUAUUUGAUAUGGCGAUUCGUCUUCAAAUCGAUGCCUCUUAUUACCACCCGUUUCCAGAAAAUGUGGACCAACUUUAAACAAAGCGUGCCCAAUUUGGGUGAAGAGCGCAUUUAUCUCACGAGGUGGAAGCAGUGCGUCGCUCUGGUGAACGAAGGUUUCGGAUUAGUAGCCGCACAUCUUUACGUAACCAAAAUGGCCUCAAAUUGGACGAAUACCUGGAUAUUGCAGCUGAUCGACGAACUGAAAGAAGCUUUCGGCGCAAGCAUCGCCCGCCAAAAGUGGAUCGAAGAGGAGAUGACGCUGCGUCUGCUGGAGAAAUUGGAGGCAAUGGGCUCCAAGAUUGGCUAUCCUAACAAAAUUCUCAACUUGACUCAAUUGGAUCUCGAUUAUCAAGAGCUGCACAUUGACAAUGGACACAUUUUCUUCAACGUUAUGCGCAUUAGGCGUCACGAAGUCUGGCGCGAAAUUCAAAAAGUCUUCCAGCCACCGCCCGAAGAGAAGGAAUGGCUUGUUCAACCACUGGUCGUCAACGCCUUUCACAAUCCGUCGACCAACGAGAUCAUUUUCCCGUUAGGUAUCCUUCGCGAGCCUUUCUUCAACCUAGACCUACCAAGAUAUAUGACAUACGGCAAUCUGGGCGUCGUGAUCGGCCAUGAAAUUGUUCACGGAUUCGACGUCAACGGACGGAGAUACGAUCGACAUGGCAACAUGACUCAAUGGUGGAGCGAGUCCUUGAUGCGCGAGUUCAGUCAGCGGGCUGACUGUUUCAUCCAGCAGUAUGCCGCCUUCACGAUUGACCACAUCGAUAAACCGAUUGACGGAAACAGAACAUUAGGCGAAAACGUUUGCGACAGCGGCGGACUUGCCCACGCCUGGACCGCUUAUAAAUCAAAUUCAAAGUCUGGAGGCGAAGAGAUCCGCAGCCCAGAAUAUCGACUGCCGGGUGUCAACUACACCGACGAUCAGCUUUUUUUCAUCACUUACGGACAGAUCUGGUGCGAGGUGCUGAAUGGUGACGGCUACGAGAAGUACACAAAAGAGGCUCACAGUCCGGGGAAAUAUCGUGCAAACGGCGUCCUUCAGAACAGUCCUACUUUCUCUCAAGUUUUCAAUUGUCCACUCGACAGCCCGAUGAAUCCAGCCAACAAGUGCCAACUCUGGAGCUAAUGACGCAAGUCACAAACCUUCCAGGUCGUUGACAUCAGAACAAAGGCUUUUUUCUUAAAUUUAAAUACUCUUGUGCGUCUGUCGGGUCUAGAAAUGGCUGUCGAAAAUCAUAGAUUACUAUCAUUCUUUCCUGUAUAGUCGAUCCUAAUCAACUAAAAUCAAGUUCAAAUUUUUUGUAUAAUGCGACAUAUUUUCAAUCAUGUAUACGACGUCGGUCACCCAAAUGUCACUUUCUUGUCUCGGAAGACAAACCAGUCAGAAAGUUUUCAAUGCGCACAAAGUGUCAUGCUACUCAAGUAUUUUCUUCUUGCUCUCUUAUAUAAUCUUCAAUUCUAAUACUUUGCAAUCCUCAUGUUAGUUUGAUUUUUAUCAUACAAAAAAAAUAUAGUGCGUAAUUAUAUUUCUAAAACCGUGAAAUGCCGCGAUUUCUCCUUCGUCACUCCAUGGCUGACAUUAUCGGUCUAUUUUUUGGUUUGGUUGGUUUCUUGGUGAAAUUCUAAAAGCGAAAACCCUAAAUGUGUUUAAGUAUUGCAUUAGUCGCAAGUUGUCUCUGUCAUGGUAUUUUAUCCUCUUAGUUUUUGAAUUUCGUGAAAUAUAAUAACCGUCUCACAUAUCUCCGGCUUUAAACCAAAACGAAAGGUACACCCUCAAUUAUAAACGGUAUAUUGUAGAUUUCAGAUGUGCGUGUCAAGGGUGCAAAUAACGAAUUCGAUGAGCAAAAAAAAAAAAAGACAAUCGUCGGAACUUUUCGGAGGUCUACGAAGAAGAAA